CCCAAGCAAAGCCCCCCAAAAAACAGAAAGAGAGAGAGUCGUCGGCCUGUUCCCGGAGAGGAAAAGCUCGCCGCCGGCACCGACGGGGCGCCCCCGCCGUGACAGGUUUCCACCAUCCCCCGAGAGCUCCGAACCACCGUGCGGGCAGGGACCGGAAGGGGGAUGGAUAGAGGAGGAGACGGCUCUGAUCUGGAGCUACAGAAGCAAGAAUGGGCGAGAACGCAGGAUGUGCUCAAGGGUAGGCUCGUCCUCGAGGAUGAUUUCGAGUGGUCUUUACCUUCGGUGAGCCCGAGCUCGGAUCAGAGUGGUGCCAGGGGCAAGCUGAAGUACAUAGGGGGGGUCGACAUUAGCUUCCUCAAAGAAGACCCGUCUACGGCGUGUGCUGCGGCGGUGGUUCUGGAUGCCGAUACCUUGGGAAUUGUUCACGAGGAGUUCGAUGUUGUCCGAAUGCAAGUUCCGUAUAUCGCUGGUUUUCUUGCUUUCAGAGAGGCCCCCAUUCUUCUUGGUCUCCUGGAGAAGAUUAAGAUCAAUGCUCAUCAUUUCUACCCUCAGUUAGUCAUGGUUGAUGGAAAUGGGUUACUCCAUCCACGAGGUUUUGGUUUAGCAUGUCAUCUCGGUGUCCUUGCAGACCUGCCGACCAUCGGAGUUGGAAAAAAUUUGCACCAUGUGGAUGGUCUUAACCAAUCUGAAGUCAGAAAACAGCUUGAAGCAAAAGGAAACUGCAAUGAGGAAUGUAUUUCAUUGACUGGGCAGUCUGGGACGACAUGGGGAGCGGCAAUGUGUUCAUGCUCUGGUUCAUCGAGGCCAAUCUACAUCUCAGUUGGUCAUCGCAUUUCGCUCGACUCUGCCAUUGGGAUAGUGAAGUAUUGCUCUAGAUAUCGUAUCCCAGAGCCCACACGCCAGGCUGAUAUAAGAUCAAAGGUAUUCCUCCAAAAGCACCAAAGAUUACAGCAGUAACAAGAGUUGACAAUGGCAAACAGUACCUUUGGCAAUCAUAUAUUUGUUGUAAAAUUGGACCAAAUCAUUUUUAUAAAAUACUAUGCCAUAUUUAAUGUACAA